UCUUUUUAUAGCGUUUACUUUGAAAACGGUGUUCCUUGUUAGAAGAUUCGUAUAAUUCGGGACAUAUAUAUAUACACUUGUCUCACUGAAAUUAAAUUAUUUUAUUCUAGCCACACGGCGCAGUAACUUUUCUUAUCACUUAGCAUCUGUAUCUACGUUUACCGACCUAGCAUGGCAAUUUAUAACCUACUUGAGUGUAUGUAAUUUCAUAUAUAAUUGUUUAUCGUUUAAACUUUUAUUAGACUAAAUAAUAAACUAAAUAUAUUUAAUAGAAUUACACCACAUUUUUAAAGUUAAAUCCAAAUAAUCGUUCAAAUAAACAAUAAUGUUGAAGACGAGCAUUACACACAUAUAUGUAGACUUGUCAUGUAAACGUCAAAUAUGGAUUUCACCGAUCUAAUUCAUAGGUUGUAAAUUAAAAUAUGGCUCAUAGUAAUCAAAGCCAAGGAACAGGAGAACCAAUAGAUCUUUUAACAAAAUACCACAAUAUUUCGAAUAAAUUAAAAAAACGAUUUUUGAGGAAACCAAAUGUUGCAGAAGCAUGCGAUCAAUUUAGUGCUUUAGCUACUGAAUGUGAGCAGAAGGAAUUAUGGCAAUAUGCAGGAUUAUGUUGGCUAGCAGCUGCUAGAUGUCAAGGUACAUUGGAGAAUGUAUCUUCUGAAAUAAAUCUGUUAAUAAAAGCAGGAAGACAAUUUCUCACAGCUGAAAAGAAAGACAGUGAUAUAGGAUGUCCCUCUAUAGGUCAAGAAAAUAUACAGGCUGCUGUGAGUUGUUUCAGUCAUUCCAUGCUAAGAUGUACUAACCAACCAGGAUUUAAUACGAUAUCUGCUGGUUUAUCAGUAGAACUAGCAUUAGCAUUGGGUCCAAGUCCUGCUGGAAUUCAACAGCUACGUAAAGCAAUUGAUAUUUUUCCUACAUCCAAAGCUAUCAAUACUUUGGUAUCUUUCUACAUAAAUCAAGGAGAUUAUGUAGCGGCACUUCAAAUACUCAAUGAAUUUGUAGAAUUUGUAGAAGCUUGUGUUGUGGCUGGUGCCAGGGGAAACUAUAAUGCUAUUUUACAUAGGUGUGAAGUGACGCGAGUAUUGCUGCUACUCAUUCUUCAGCCAUCACCACAGAGACUAACACCCUCCCUCGCUCAAGUUCUCGAAAAAUAUGCAUGGAUAGAAGAAAAUGUGAACAAUGGUCUCAAUAUGAGCGAAGAUGAAUUAUUAUUACUGCAAUCGCUCGUAUUAGCGUGUCAGUCUCACGAUUAUCAAGCGGUAUUAGAACUGGAGAGCGAAUUGUAUCCUUACUUGGAUACGGAGCAAAAGGAAUUGUUACAUAAAUUGAUACAAGUACUAUCGACGCAGUAAAUAUGCAACAAGACAACCUGA